CCUUUUGGUCUGUUGGUUGUUGUUCGUGCCGAGUGCAUGGCUUGCAGGGCGCCCUUCUACACACAUACACAAACUCUACUCCUCUCUUCCUUUUUUUUUGUUUCUCGAGUGAAAACACCGUUUUCUUUUCCCUCCCAAAAAAAAAAAAAGUAAAUGAAGUACCUUUUCGUCUCUGUGCCCGCUUUGGGUAACAAGCAGAAUACCUUUCUGAAUAUUCGAGGCAAACUCAGCGAGUACGCUUUGACUUAUGCAUUCAACGUCCCUGAAUUCAAGAUCGGUACGCUUGAUGCUUUGGUGCUCUUGUCGGACGAUUUGGCAAAGUACGACACGGCGUUUGAACAGACUGUCAAUAAGCUUGCGGAUAUCUUGGCCAACUUGAUCAAAACCGACAGCACAAACGGUCAUGUUCGAGAAUACAUGUUGGCAAACGACAAACCCGUCGAGGAAUACAUAAGCACAUUCCAAUGGAACACAAUGAAAUAUCGCACUGAUAAGUCGUUGCAAGAGAUCACUACAACGCUAAACCAGGAAGUUACAUCGAUUGACAAUGUAAUGAAAUCAAAGCUCAACUCGUAUACCCAAAGCAAGAACUCUCUACAAGCACUUCAACGGAAAGAAACUGGCAAUCUUUCUGCCAAAAACUUGAACGGAAUUGUCAAAAAAGAACAUUGUGUCCUGAAUUCAGAGUACUUGGUUACACUAUUUGUUGCCGUGCCAAAAUCUGCGUACAAACAAUGGUUGAACAAGUACGAGACACUCACUGCGAUGAUUGUGCCACGCUCAUCUGUUAAAAUUGCCGAGGACGACGAAUAUGGACUUUUUUCGGUCACUCUUUUCCAGCGUGUGGCGGAAGAGUUUGCUCAUAAGGCUCGAGAAGAAAGAUUCGUAGUACGCGAAUUCAAAUUCGACGAGGAUGCUCUUCAGUCUCAAAAGCGCGAGUUAUCCGAGGCUGAAGCAGUCGAGAAAGAACAGCAGUUGGAAUUGUUUCGAUUGUCGAGAACCAACUUUGGAGAAGUAUUUGCGUCAUGGAUCCAUCUCAAAGCGCUACGCGUGUUUGUCGAAUCUGUGCUUAGAUAUGGCCUGCCACCAGACUUUACGGCCGUGACCGUUGCGGCAAAGCCGAAAUAUGAGGAAAAAGUGGACGGUGUCUUGGUCGCACAAUAUGGCCGUUUGGGCGGCGUGCAUGGACAGGCGUAUGCAAAGAAAAGCAGUGAUGAUUCGGGACAGAAUGAUGAAAUAUUGGACCAUGACCUUCAAACGGUGAACGACAGCAGCUACCGGCCUUAUGUCCAAUUCCAGCUCGAAUUUGACUCGGAGCGUACCUAAAAACGAUCACAAGGCCGAUCUCUUUCCACUCAUUUUGGGUAGAUACUGUACGCUAACCUACGAAAAGAAUAAAGUCAUCGGCAGUUUCCGACACAAGAGCCCUUUUUCUUUCUU